CAGGGACCCGGGGCACGCUGUGCCUUCACUCUGUGAAGACACUGGAUACGCGCCCCUGCCUUAUCCCCUUCCCGAGCGUUAUCCCCUCUCCCGAGCCUCUCUCUCUUUCUCUCGCGCAUUCUUUCUACGAGCAGCGGCGGCGGCGACAAGAAUCUGACGAGUUUCUGAAGGAAAUCAAGCUUCUGCUGAUAUAGUUUUCUCCUAGAUUCAGUAUGACGCCAGUGGUUCACUGCUCCGUUGGCAGUAUCAGUCUGUUUCACAUCGGCAGUUUCAGGCCCAGCCGAGAAACAAGGUUCCGUGCUUCCCAGAGGUAUUCAAGAGCACACCACAGGCUGCUGCAGCCCCACACAGCCUUCAACUUGAUCAGCAUUCACAAAAGAAGCUGGUCCUCUGCCAACAGGCUGAGGACCUUGUCAGCAGCAGCUGUUGAGACUGAUGUCGCAGUGGAGGGUUCGAGUCCAUCUCUGUCCGGAGAAACUUCGGAUGGAAGCUCUGAGGCCGCCGCACCUGCCACUAGCCCAGCUUCUUCCGCUCCCAAGCCAGGCCGUGGUGGCACACGCAAGAGCGAGAUGCCGCCAUUGAAGGAUGAUGAUCUAGUUCCCGGUGCAUCUUUUACUGGCAAAGUUAGGUCUAUCAAGCCAUUCGGAGUCUUCGUUGACAUUGGAGCAUACACCGAAGGUCUGGUUCAUAUCUCCCGAGUAAGUGACGGUUUUGUUGAAGAUAUAUCUACUCUCUUCACUGUUGGGCAAGAGGUGUCGGUGAAGUUAGUGGAAGCAAAUAAACAAACAAGGCGCAUCUCCUUGACAAUGCGGACAGGUGGAGAUUAUGUCAAGGAAGCACCUAAGGCUGCAAGCAGUGGGGGCAAUCCAACCGCAGCUGCGCCAAGAAGCUCGCCAAGGCAAAAAAAGGAUUUCAAGAAAAUAGACGAGGCAAAGUAUGCGCGAGGGCAGUCCCUUACUGGCACUGUGAAAAAUACGACAAGAACAGGGUCAUUUGUGACGCUGCCUGAUGGAGAUGAAGGAUUCCUCCCAAGGGAGGAGGAAGCAGCAGCAUUGUUCACCCUUAUCGGACAUUCUGCACUGGAAGUUGGUCAACAGGUAGAGGUGAAGGUAUUGAAUGUAUCACGAGGCCAGGUCAACUUGACAAUGAAGGGGGGAGAAGAUGACGAAGAUGAGUUGGUAUCAUUAAACACAGAUCUGAAGCGGGGAUGGUCCAGAGGGACCAAUGCUUUUGAGUUAGCUUUCCGUAGGAGCAAGGAAAUCUCUGCAUUCUUGGAUCAGCGGGAAACGAUAACCGUUCCAGAAGCACAAACAACAGUUGAUACUGGGGUAGAAAGUGAACAAAGCUUGGACAAGGAGACUGAAGCAAGCAAGGCUGAAUCAGUUGAGACUGAGAGUUCAGUUGUGACUUCUGAGGAUGAUAGCAUAGUUGAUGACAAGCUCAUUGAGCCUCUUUCUGCUACCGAAGUUAAAAGCAAAGAGGAGGAUAGCUCUUCGACAGAAGCUGUCACCGGCACCAUUGAGGACAUCACCCCUGUUGAUGAGGAAACUGGUGCUGAACUGUCUUCCAAUGCGGCUGCAGAAGUCACUAGCGUGUCUUCAGUUCCAGAAGCUGAGGUUAAGCUUGAUGAGCCUCAGGAAUCAGUAGAAGAUGUUCCUGUAACUGCAAGUAGUGAGUCCGUGGAUAAAGAAGCUGCUGUAGAGACUGAGGAAGUAACAGCCUCGAGUGAAAAAACUACAGAGGUUUCUCCUGCUGGAGCCAUAGAAGCAAGCACAACCACAGCAACUAUUUCUCCUGCUCUUGUCAAGCAAUUGCGUGAUGCAACUGGAGCAGGCAUGAUGGACUGCAAAAAGGCUCUUGCUGAAUCAGGGGCUGACAUUGAUAAAGCGCAAGAAUUUCUCCGGAAGAAAGGGCUAGCAGCUGCUGACAAGAGAGCUGGAAGAGCCACUGCGGAGGGAAGAAUUGGUUCUUACAUACAUGACAGCAGAAUCGGUAUCCUUAUUGAAUUGAACUGUGAGACUGACUUUGUAUCCCGAGGUGACAUCUUCAAGGAGUUGGUCGAUGAUCUUGCUAUGCAAGCCGCUGCUUGCCCUCAAGUAAAGUACAUUUCCAUUGAUGAUGUCCCUGAGGAGGUCGUGAAGAAGGAGACAGAGUUGGAGAUGCAGAGGGAGGACCUCUUGUCGAAGCCUGAGCAGAUACGCUCAAAGAUCGUCGAGGGCCGAGUGCAGAAGAGGCUUGGAGAAUUUGCGUUGCUUGAACAACCAUUCAUCAAGAACGACAAGGUCACAACUGGUGAAUGGGUGAAGCAAACUAUUGCUACAAUUGGAGAGAAUAUGAAGGUCAGGAGAUUUGUUCGUUACAACCUUGGUGAAGGGUUGGAGAAAAAAAGCCAGGAUUUUGCUGCUGAAGUUGCGGCUCAGACUGCCGCAAAGCCGCCGCCAGCUGCCCCUCUGAAGGAUGACAAGCCUGAGGAAACAACAGAAACUGCAGAAAAGAAACCAACUGUGGCAAUUUCAGCUGCUUUGGUAAAGCAACUUCGAGACGAAACUGGCGCGGGUAUGAUGGACUGCAAGAAAGCGCUGGCUGAGACUGGCGGUGACCUUCAGAGCGCCCAGGAGUUCCUCAGGAAAAAGGGCCUGUCUUCUGCAGACAAGAAGUCGUCUCGCCUAACUGCUGAAGGCCUGAUUGGCUCAUACAUCCACGACAACCGCAUAGGAUGCAUGAUUGAAAUAAACUCUGAGACCGACUUCGUGGCUCGCAAUGAGAAGUUCAAGGAGCUGGUGAACGACCUCGCAAUGCAAGUUGUGGCAUGCCCGCUGGUUGAGUAUGUCUCAGUGGAGGACAUUCCAGAGAGUGUUGUCAGCAAGGAGAAGGAGCUCGAGAUGCAGAGGGAGGACCUGCAGUCGAAACCUGAAAACAUCAGAGAGAAGAUCGUCGAAGGUCGGAUAUCAAAGAGGCUCGGAGUGAUGGCCCUCUUGGAGCAGCCCUUCAUCAAGGAUGACAGCAAGACGGUGAAGGAUCUUGUGAAGGAGACGAUUGCUGGCCUGGGGGAGAACAUCAAGGUACGGAGGUUUGUCCGGUACACCCUCGGCGAGAACUGAUCGAUGAGAUAGUGACCUCCGUUAUGAUCCCUGACACACGGGGCCAGGCACAUUUUGAUUCACCAUGGUGCAUAGCUGUUACUAGUUUGUACUGAGUUCCAUGUAUACUUUUUGUCACCUGCUGUUGUCGUUUCUGGUUCCAAACAACACAUUUUUUAGCACCCCUAAAUGUAGAUGAAGAGAGAUCAAUAUAUUGUCCAUGAAAGCAUUACGGCAUAUUAAGUCUAGAUUUGGUUUCAGGUUAA